UGUAAGAUCGUCACAUCCGGCAACGUCACCGUGACGGACCAGUCAAAACAACCGAAACAUGAUGCUAGCGUCUCACGCCCGCGAGUGAAAUGUCGUGUUUUUAGCGAUCGCCGAUGAAAACGUCAGAGAUUUGUCACCCUAAUGUCAUGUUCGUGUCGGAGUAUGAGUCUGACAGCGUUUUAUUCGGAAUAAGGGAUCGAAAAGCGAUCAUAAACGCUCCAGCGUCGCGACCGGUUUGCUAACGACAGUCGUCAGUUCAGCAGAAACCCGGUACGAGUGAAAUUAAACAUAUCUUUCUUCUUAAUUAUGGAAUGUAAAGUCAAAUAGGCAGCAUUAAGUUGACCAAUACGCCUUGUGAGAGGUUUGCAGUGUAUCUGUGUCCCUGGGACGGGACGGUGUUCACCGAAGACACGGGGAACAGGAUCGGGAAGCAGGGGGAAGCGGCCACCGCAGAGCCCGUGGAGAAGAUGGCGAGCAGCCCGGAGAAAAGCUCCUCUGCACAGGAGCUGAAGGAGCAGGGCAACCGUCUGUUCCUCAGCCGCAAAUACCAGGAGGCUGCCACCUGCUACAGCAAAGCCAUUAAUCGUAACCCGUCGGUGGCCGUGUACUACACUAACAGAGCGCUGUGCUACGUGAAGCUGCUGCAGUACGACAAGGCGCUGGCCGACUGUAAACACGCCCUCGAGCUCGACAGCCAAUCGGUGAAGGCACACUUUUUCCUGGGCCAGUGUCAGCUGGAGCUGGAGAAUUAUGAAGAGGCCAUCGGCAAUCUACAGAGAGCUUAUAACCUGGCGAAGGAACAGCGGCUGAAUUUCGGAGACGAUAUCCCAAGUGCUCUUCGCAUCGCCAAGAAGAAACGCUGGAACAGCAUAGAAGAGAAGCGGCUCAGCCAGGAAAACGAGCUGCACGCCUAUCUCACCAAACUCAUCCUGGCCGAGAAAGAGAGAGAGCUGGACGACCGAGUGAAGCAGUCCGAGGACAUUCAGAACGGAGGAGACGUCUGCAAGAGCAAAUCCAAACACGAUAAAUAUUUGAUGGACAUGGACGAGCUCUUCUCUCAAGUCGAUGAAAAGAGGAAGAAGCGAGAGAUCCCAGAUUAUCUGUGUGGGAAGAUCAGUUUUGAGCUGAUGAGAGAGCCCUGCAUUACUCCUAGCGGCAUCACCUACGAUCGCAAGGACAUCGAGGAGCAUCUACAGCGUGUGGGACAUUUUGACCCAGUGACCCGCAGCCCGCUGACCCAGGAUCAGCUGAUCCCCAAUCUGGCCAUGAAGGAGGUGAUCGAUGCUUUCAUCCAGGAGAACGGCUGGGUGGAGGACUACUGAACACACACACACACACACACACACACACACACACACACACACUCUCGAGUGCGCUGCAGCAGUUUCCUCACGGCCGAUUGAUUCCUCUCCUGAAUGUUCAUGCACUUUAAUAUGUGGAGGAUCUCACCCACAUCAAUCACCUGACCCUCUUUCUCACCGUCUGACAGUCCUCCAAACUCUUUCUGCUGUCUUUCGUUCGGGACAGAAAACUGCAGGUUCUGUUCAGACUCUUGUUUUCAAUCAGAAACAUUGGCUGAUGUUUGCUGCACAUGAUGAUGCUGUAAUUUUGUCAUUGAAUGUUCAAGUAGCAACAUUAUUGAUGACAUCACUAAUAAUCAUUCAUGAAAGAGGAAACUCGUGUAGGUUGGGGUGUGUGUGUGCGUGUGUGUGUGUGUGUGUUAUAAUCUAUUACCUAUAAGAUCUAAAUGCAGAAUGAAUGCGGUGUAUGCGAGUGUAAUAAGUUCUAACAGAAGGAGCAUGUUUGUAAGAUUCAUCUUGAGCUUUGGGUUCUGGCAGGACGCUGAUUUUUCUAAUGAGUGUUAAAAAAUAUUUAGACAUUCAUCCAUCUGCUGGCUGCCAAUCAUUAAAAAUGAACUGAGAAUCUGUGGCAUGCAGAUGACAUCAUCAUCAUCAGAGUUAUGAUGUAUGAUACGUUUAGUCUUACUAUGUGUGCUUUAGAACGAGAGGUAAGUGAUUAUUUCACACUAUUGAUUUGGUCUUUCUCUUUAGACCUUUGAGGAGUUUUCCGUUUCCUGUCAUGAACACACACUUCCUGUUCAGUAUCAGUAUUUUUCAGAGAGCCCUUGCUAGUCGCUGGACGUCACGGUUCCAGAACUGUCCAUCCGGCUCGGGUCAAAUAUUCCUCAAGUGUAAUGAGUUUAGGUUGGAUGCAUGUUCAAUAAAUGUUAUUUUGUUUCUUUUUGUAACAAAUUGGUCGAUAUGAGUCUUAUUCUUUCUGAUAAAGUUACAGUUUUGACCCUAAA